GAGAUUCCGGGUAAAAAUUUCACAAUGCUUCGAAACCUAGUUCGACAUUCUCCGCUUCCCCACUACUCCGCCGUCAACCACCGCCGCCCGCAGCUUCCCUUCUCCUUCCGUCGCCACUUUUCAUCAAAGAGCGAACUCAUUGAGAUUGACCUCGACUUUUCGUCUCCAUCCGGGUUAAAGAAGAUGGAGGAGAUGAUUCAGAAGUUAAUUGUGCACAAGGCUGCACCUUAUUGGCUCCCCUUCAUCCCAGGCGCCUCCUUCUGGGUGCCACCGGACCACCGCGGUUCUAAGAAAGUAGUUGAUUUGAUAGAGAAAUUGUCCAAUAGGCUCACCGAGGAAGAGGCAUUCUCUCUCACCACCGACCGAGGCUGGCCCUGUCUCUCUUCCUUCCUCUCUGAUGACAUGGUUACUGAUGGGGUAGCAAAUGUGGAUAUGAAGUCAUCAAAGCAGGAGGGAGAGGUAAUUGAGGUGGUGGUAAUGGAGGAUUCAAAGAACUUGUCCUAACCUGGGGCUGAGAAGGGGAUUUAAUGCUUAAGUCUUUUGGAACCUGCUACCAGGUAAAUGACUGCCGUCACUUGCAAUAUGUUGGAUUUCGCUUAAAGUUCAUUGUGGUUAAGGCUAGCUUUAGAGUUGUGUUUCAAGUGAUUUCCUUUAACUUAGCAUGUUGUUUCUUUGAAGAUUGGAUUAACUGGUGCAUUCUAUUGGUUUUAUAAUGCUAUUUUCUAAAGCAGUGUGAUUUUAGGCCAGUUUAAAUCUUGAAGUUUGAAUCAUUAGGAUCUUCUGGAGGCUAGGACUUGAAGUUCAGAGCAGCAUAAAGGUAGUAAAUUGCAUUGGGAAAACAUUUGUAUACAGCAAAAACUAUACUCCCACAUAAAUCUUCCAAACUAUGUGUUUGGAAUGUGGAUAAUAGUUGUAUGAAUCCUUCAUUUACUAUCAAAGUUAUUGAAUUUGGCAACAGACAAUACUAGCUUGACUUUAAUAAAUGUCUUCUUUUAUAUAGCCUGCCAUAUGGAUCCAGGUCUUGCAGGUUCAGAUAAUAUAUUCUUCUUGCUACUUGUCUGCUGCAGUUAUUAAAAUUCAAUUAUGUUAAAAAAUUCUAUGGGUCUGUCGAUAUGGCUUUGUUUGUACACCAUUUUGUUUAAUUUGGAUAGUUAUUGAAUCCUGGCCUUCCUUUUGUAUGCAGAAAUAUUUUAGCUAGUCUUUAUAAAUGCUUUUCUUUUUCUGCCUAUUCAAUAGACAAGCUGUACAGAA